AUGUAUACAACAAGGGGUCUGUCAAAAUGCCUGAAUUCUCCCAACAUUCUCUCAGCACAACCAGGAUGUACUUUCUCAGGAUCUUUGAUGUUUACAGAUGAAGAAUCACAGUCGUCAAAAGAUUCCUUUUGUUUGGGAACAGUUAACAAGUGCAAGAAAGUGGAAAAAUUACCGUUUCCUCAGGACAGGAUAAUGGCUGUCCAUCCACUCAAGGGUCCCAAAACAUCAUUUAUCAAGGUGUUGCUCAUCCCAGUUCUUGAUCACCCUUUGUCUUCCAACCAAUACUAUGUUAUCAAAGCAGAAGGUGAAAAGAAAGGGGAAGCAUACAAAUGCAGAAGAGAAGAGGACUUGGUCCAGGUGAAUAAAUGCUUCUUUGGCACUGUCACAAAGGACACGCCAUCAUAUCCUUUUGAUCAUCGAGACCCUUAUCAACGAGUUGUGAUUCAUCGUAACAGAGGUGGCCAUGGCUUCAUUGCCAAAUCAUUAGCUCCAGAUGGUUCUCCUCCACAUUUCUUACUAGAAAAAGGAUGGGAAGUCUAUGAUUUAGGAUCAAACAACUCUCAACUGAGUCUAACCCAAGGACUUGAUGCCACACUCCGCAACACCUCUCCGGAAUUCAAUCUUCUCCUCUCCAAUAAACGUUCCGACGCCGUUGUCGUCGGAAAAUGGUACUGCCCAUUCCCAUUUGUGAAGGAAGAAUUUGAACCCAAAAAGAAGAUGAAGAACACUUUGUUUUACACAAUGACACUUGAGCAAAAGUGGGAAGAGAUUUAUUCAGAAGAUCAAAAGCACAGAACCAGUGUUGUGACUGUCAAUGGGGUUGAAGCUGUGAGAGAUGAUAGUUUUGGUGGUGAUGGGUUCAUUUGGUUUCGGGUUAGUGACCCAAAGAAGAGUGGAGGAGGGGGUGUGGGUUUGAGCUUAGCAAUAUAUGAAAGAAUGAUAUCAGUGGUAGAGGGAGGAGGGUGGGUUGAUGGAGGAGGAGAGAGAGAGGAGAGAAAAGAGGGAAAUAACAGUGAGAAAGGGUUUAAUUUGUUUGGCUGUUAUGUGUUGGUUGAGAGCUUUGUUUUGAGGAAGAUUGAUGGAAGUGUGUUGCUACAAUGUGAUUUGAGGCAUGCAGCUACAUGUUCAGGACGAAGAGAGAUAAGCACAUGUUGCUUUCAAGAUGUUAUAGUUGAUGUAAAUCCAAGGCCUUUCAAUCACACUGAUAUAUACCAACAGUUUGAGAUUCAUCGCCAUUACAAUGGUGGUUUCUAUGCCACAUCUGUAGCCCAUGAUGGGUUUCCUCCUAAAUUCCUGAGAAGAAAAGGAUGGGAAGUUCACACCAGUACCACUUCAUUCAAACUUCAUCUACCAGAAGCUCAAGGCCACGACACCACCCACCCAAUGGACCUCCCGGAACUAGAUGUUACGCUAUCACAGAAUCGUUUGUCUCGGGUUGUCGUUGGAAAAUGGUACUGCCCCUUUGUGUUUGUGAAGGAGGAAGGUAGAUUAGUGAACCAGAUGCAAAAAACCUUGUUCUAUGGAUUGACUCUCGAGCAUUGGUGGGAAGAGGUAUAUUCGUGCCAGAACGUGAGUAACGAAGGUAACGUUGUCGUUGUAAAUGCUAGUGUGCAAAGGGAAGUGGCUCUAGUCCAUGGCAGGGAAGCUUUGAAAGAUGAUAGGCAUGGUGGAGAUGGGUUUAUUUGGUUUAGAGUGAGAGAAAGAUGUAGGAGGAGAGGUCUAGGUGUGGCUUUGAGUAAGGCAAUAGUUGAGAAAAUUAGAUGGGUGCAAGAGAGAGGAGGGUGGGUUGAUGGAGGAGAGAAAGAGGUCAUAAUAGAGAGUGUAGAAGAGAUUAGAGGGGAGAGAGAGUGGAGGUAUUUUGGUUGUUAUGUUUUGGUGCAAAGUUUUGGGGUGAGAAGAAUGGAUGGGAGUUUGUUGAUGAGGUUGAAUUUUAGACACACCAAUAAAGUUCAAUGCAAAUGGGAAUGA